CGCGCCCCGAGCCCGACGCGGCGCCGUGGCGCGGCGCCAGGAUGGCCGCCGGCGUGGCCAGCGCCAGCGGCGACUCGCUGGCGCGAUUGCAGCGGCUGCAUAUGGUGCUCGCCUGAGCUUCUAUGACAACGUUCCCGCGGCUGCUGGCGCUCUGGCGACCGCGAGCCACUGGACGCCUGGGCCGCCAGGGCGCCAGCGACCCGAGCCGCUGGCUCGGUGCUCGCCCGAGCGCGCCCCAGCCGAGCCGCUGGCGCGGUGCCGGGCGGGUAGCUGGCGGCGCGGCGGGCGCCAGCGGCGGAUCACAGCAGCGGCAGCGGCUCUCGAAGAAGAAGAGGAAGAUCCAAACCUCACACAGGGACGAGACCGCCCGCCCUCCCCUGUUGUCCGCGCGUGCAUGCUGGCCAGUUCGCUAUAGAGGCGCCCCCGGUUGGCUUGCUCGCUGGUGCUGCUGCCUCAGCGUCGCCGCCAGCGAAACAAGAGGAUGGGGAUGCGGAGAUGUCUGCCGCUCGAUCCGGGGAGAUGGCUCGACCGCGCUCCCUCGAUCGAGCAGGCUCGGCAGCACCGCCUCGCGGGGGACUCUGCCUGGGCAGCGGAGGUAUGCUGCGAGGCUGUCGCGCGGCGUGGCCGCGAUAUUGCGCGGUCUCGUGCUGCUGCUUUUUGAGCUCGAGCUGCCUGAACCUCUCUUGGAGGUUUCUGGGGGGCCUCGUGGUUGCCUCUCGAUUGGAACACUGGCCAAGGAUCAUUGCUAGGCGAAGCGGUUGCCAAACCAGGCGCUCUGGGGCUCCCCGUCGCCCUUGUGGGGCUCUUCUGUGGUCCCUUGAACCCUCUAGCGAAACGCUGCUGAGGAAGCAUAUUCUCAGAGACCUGGGUAGCCGACGAGCUGCCGAGAGUUCCCCGCCGCGACACCCCUCCCGGCGCGAGGGCGCCCGGGCUUUUCCACGGGGCGGGGGCUCGGGCGUCGAGUGACGGGGGUGCGGAUUCCUUCCCUAAUGCCCUCACCGUAAUCAACGCCCGAUGGGGCGGACGAUCUCUCACCCGCCGCGCCGGGCGCGGUGCGCACGCGCGCGCCCGCCUCGCGCGCGCCCUGGGCUCCAAGACUCGGAGCCCGCGUCGCGCGCGGGCGGGCCGAGGGCAUCCGCACAUCGCGGCCGGCUUCGAGCGGCUGCGGGCCCCGCGGGGGCCGGAGCGCCGCUGGGGUGGGGC